CGGUGGCAGGCGGCGGUGAGCAUAAAGAGGAUAGGAUAAUAUCGGUGCGCGUCCUCCUGUGGAGGUGCCCUUUCGCGGGUCCCGUACCCGUCUCGCCCGUUGCCACAGCAGACUCCCGCAGCCCGUCGGAUCGCGGCCGAGCCUGUACGAUGUAGUAAUGCCGAAGAAGGGCACCGCGCGGCAUGUGAGGGGACCUGCGAACACGAGAAGCAGCAGCGGCGGCGGCCAGCAGCCGCAGCCGCAGAACGGGGGCUGCGCCGCGCCGCUGGCCGGCACAACGUUGGCGGCGGCGACGGCCACUCCGGAAGUGGCCGCCACCAGGCACUUUCGCAGCGUGCACAUCGGCCUGACGAGCGGCAGGCGCUGGCUGUCGUUGAAGAAGCGUCUCGGCCUGUCCACGGACGAGGAUGUCGCGGUGUACCUGCUGGAUCUCGCGGAGUCCGCCGCCGUCACCAGGCAAGAGGACAAAUGCAAUGGUGCGGAGGAGUGGGAAGCGAGCGAGGCCAAGGAUCGCGAUGAGGGAGCUAUCCAGAUUAAAAGUCCCGGCGGCGAAGGCAAGACGCAGGAGGAGGAGGAGGAGCAGGACGAGGAGGAGGAGAAGGAGGAGGAGGAGAAGAAAGGAUUUAUCCGCAGGAGCCUGAGGAAGCAGCAGGAGUCCACAGCCGGCGCGAUAAGCGAUGUGCCGUCGGCGGUGCUGGACAACGUGAUCAAGUUGCACGUGCGACGCAGCUGGAAGUCCAAGUACCACAAGAACAAGACGAAACACCACAAGGACAAGCGCAAGAAGCGGCGGCACUCGAAGAGCGGCGACCCCGAGGACGCCGCCGGGUCCGUAUCGGUGAACGGGUCCGGCGGCGGCUCCGCGGCGAGCGAAGACCCGGACGCUUGCGAGGCCACGGCGACGGUGGCCGGCGGCGGCGAGGUGGAGGCGAAAUUCAAAUUAGGCGUGAAGAGAUUGGCCGCGAGGGACGCCGAGGCCGCCACGAUCAAGACUGAGCACGUAGAUAGUGUAAGAUUUAUAAGCGAUGUAAAUAAUACGAGUAACGACAUCAGGCACAACACGAACACCGGCCCCGACGCGAGCGCCGAGGGCUCCGACAAGGACACCACCUUAGAGGGUAAUAGGAGCACUAGACUGCAGUGUGACGACGCGGUGGCGUUCGCUCUGCCGAGGCUCGCCUGUCAGGACGACUCCGCCAAGGGCGCCGAGUACCCGUCGAACGCGAGUGUUGGCUCCGUCGAGACGGCGGAGGCGCAGGCCGCGAGCGCGCUCGACAAGGAGAGCGCGGGUGCAGAGCCGCAGGAGCCGCACAAGGGCGCAACCUGCGACGUGCCGAGGGACGACGAGCCGAGUCCCGACGUGGACGAGCGCAAGCUCAAGAGGAAGCGGAAGAAGCCGCGGCACGAAACCGCGCAGGUCGACGAGAAUGCCUCGGAGAAGGAUCCCCUGGAGACCGGCGCGGACGAGGCGGUGCUGAAGCACCGACGGAACAAGCACAAGCAUACGAAGGAGCACAAGACGAAGAAGCACCACGACGUGCGUAGGGCGCCUCAGGAUGGUAUCGUCGUGGUGGACGAGCCGGCUCAGGAGCUGUGCGCGCCGGAGGCCGAGUCCUCGCCGCCGAGCGACGGCCUCGGCAGGCCCGUCGAGGCCGUCGACAGCGUGAUAACUGAGCCGCAACGGCUGGCCAUCAGGAUCAAGCUCUGCCAGGAGUGCAACAGCCGCCACUUGCAGGACGCGUGUCCGUUGGUCAGCCCGCAGUACACAAUAGCGGACGCUGUUAGCUAUCAGGAGUGGCUGGCCAAGCAUCAGGACAAUGCCGAGGUCAUCAAGGCCAUGAAGACCAUCGACCCGAUGUCCGAGGGCUACGGGCGGCCAGCGGACGAUGGCUGCGAGUCGGACGACGAGACGUUGUCCGGUGAGCAGUGCAAGAGCAAGGCGAAGGCGCAGCGGGAGGAGAAGCAGUUGACGGUCGACGUGGAGCGGCCGUUGUACGCGAGGGACUCGCUGCCCGACUGCCUGGAGCUGAGGUUCACCAACAACGACCACGGCCUUGGAAUUUACGCCAAGAACCCGGUGCCGAUGUACGCCAAACUCGGCCCGCUCAUCGGCAUGCCGGUCAGGGAGAUGGACAUCCCGGACGACUUCUCCAUGCGCCAUAUCUGGGAGGUAGAUAAUAACGGGAAGAGUGUUUACGUCAGCACUACGGACCCGCUGAAGAGCAAUUGGAUUCGAUAUAUCAGACCGGCUGAGACGAAGGAGAAACGAAGCGUCGCCGUCAUCACCAAGCAGGGUCAACUGCACCUUGUCACUACGCAGAAUAUCACAUCGGGCAUGGAGCUGACUUACUGGGCGGACUCGCAAUCCUUCGCAUGGACGAGGAAGAACAAGACGGACAAAACCAAUUGCGGGGGGUGUAACCUGAAUUUCUCACACCCGAUAUACUACCGGUUGCACUGCUGCAUCUUCCAUGACACUAAUUACAGUCUGACCAUCAGGAAGUACCACUGCAAGGUCUGCGGCGCGGCGGUUCUCGGCAAGGACAACAUCAUGAAACACGCGGCGGAGUUGCAUGCGGGUCGCGGCGCGUAUCAGUGUCAGUACUGCAAGAAAUUCUUCCUGAGGCUCAACUACCUGGAGAUGCACAGGACCUACGGGUGCGCGCAGAACCCGCAACGGUCGCGGCCCCUGUGCGACUUUUGCGGCCGCAAGUUCUGCCAGCCGCAGAAGCUGAAAGUACACAUCAAGAGAAUGCAUAAUGAUAUGGCCGAGGUGCUAAGGGAGUUUCAAUGCAAGUCGUGCUUGAAACUGCUGGGCUCCCGCGCGGCUCUGCAGCGCCAUAUGAAGGAGGUUCACCACAAGGACGUCAUCGCCGCGGCCACCUGCGACCGAUGCGGCAAGAUGUUCCAGAACAAGAGCAACUUGAAGAUACACAUGCUGACGCACAGCGGCGUAAAACCGUUCAAAUGUAAAGAGAACAGUUGCACGGCGGCUUUCACGACGAAGCAAUGCCUGCAAUUCCACUACAAGAAGGUGCACGGCCUCACGGAGGAGAUGAUGCCGAAAAUCGAGAGAUCCGUGGCGUACACGUUCGACGCGUACAGCGGUGGCCUCGUGGAGGAAAGUUCUUGCGGAAAGGCCACUCAUUCCAACAGAAGAAAUUCUCAGCAGGACAACAGCAACAGUUUGCCAUCCGUGGACGACUGCAGUUCAGAGAACAGCCUGAAGGUCGAGGUGCCGGUGAAUUCGGGUCACAACAGCAUCAUAGAAUUCUCGAGCAACGGGAACACGGUAAAGUACAAGUCGGAACAGGAGCUCCAGAUCCCCAUGUCGCCACAAGCCGCGUCCUUGUCGGUCGGCCUGGACGCUAGCAUAGAGAACGUCCAACGGCCACCGGAAGUCGACAUGUACAGCGCGUCCGCGAAGGUGCAGAGCAAGGGCAGCAAGAAGUGGAUGGGCGAGUUUAACCCGCCAGUCUCAUCCGACCUGGUGACUGUCCACCUCCCGCCGACCACGGCGCCCUCCGACGUGUACGACUUUGAAGACGACCGGAAAGACAACGGCGAAAAGACGGCGACGCGCAGCACCAUUGUCACGACCACUCAGACCCUGAUCGACGGCAACAAGCUGAGUCUGAGUGUGUACCGCAGGACCGAGAGCGCGAACGCUAGCCUCCUGGUCGAGGCGGCCCUAGACGCCGCGGAGAGGGACAUCGGCACAGUAUCCAGCCCGAUCCUGGAGGAUAACGACCGCGAGGCCAACCUAUACACCAUCUCGAACCCGCUGCAGUCGCCGAUGCCGCAGCGCUCACCGAACCACUUGGACUCCUACAUACAGCAGCAAGAGGAGCUGAUGUCGCCCGCGCCGACGCCGGACGACCGGCACAGUCCGCCCAAUCAUUUGCACGUGGACUAUCACCUGCACCGACCGGUCGACUACAUGAACACCUCGCGGACGCACAACAUCGAGCAAUACCUGCACCACGAGGAGCUGCCGCGCGUCUCGUCGCCCAACUACAUCCACAUGCAGCAAGAGGACCUGGUGUCACCGUCCGCCACUCCGAAUCCUCGCUAUCAGGACAUGCACCAUCACCACCAGGUGCCCACAGACAAUCUGUCGAGCGACGAGGGUGACGCGGUCGCGCAGAACCUCAGCCUGUCCGUGAAGGAGAAGGCAUUGCAGUUGGACCUGUCGACGUCUUACAAGUCCUACGACCCGCUCGAGCAGGACUUUAUCCGUGAAAGGCCGAACUUUGAGCCACUGAUGCUGAACAGCGGCGAGCUCCAGGGUCUUGACAUGUCCGCCCGUAGCUUCCAUCACAGCUUCGGCGUCCAAGUGCAGAAUACACGCUACCACCACCACCACCUGUACGACAUAGGUGAGCGGCAGAGCGUGGACCUCAGCAGGACCGGCAGCUAUUCCAUGUCGCCGCCACCGCCGCCGCCGCCUCCACCGCCUUAUCCUCAUGGGGACGUUCUGAGGGUGGUGAGUUUAGACCUCACGCCCGGCGGCAGGCACAGCGUCGACCUGAGCCUCUCGAGAAGUCACCAUCUGCAUGGCUCAGGUGCCACCCGCGUCAUCACCAGCCCGCAGUCGGCCGGCUCGGCGACGACGCACGUGGUGCCUGACGCUGGCGAUGGCCGGAUGUUGUCUCCGCCGCCGCCUCCUUUGGCUGGCUACAACCCUAGCUACCCUGUGAGCCCGGCUCCGUAUCACCCUCCGAGAACAGGGUAUCACCAUUACCCCGGUUAUUAUUGAUCGUUCUCGAUCUUCAUCGUCGACAACGCGACGGCUGGUGAUCAACCUGCUGGUCCCCCCGACAAGGUUCUCCUCUCCAAACGUCGGCGGGCCUCGGUCCUCCCGCGGGUCGCUUUCAUCCUUAGCGAGUUUAGGUCAUUGGUCAUCCAAGUGCUCGUGCAGCACGCUUCACCUUGCGACGCACCCGCGUCGCAGAGGGGGACUGCCAUUUUCAUACACGACGUUCGUCAGAUAGCGCUAAACGAUACGUUGUCCGCGCGGUCAAGUCGGCCGUACGCAGGCCGGCACGGUGACCUUGACGUUUAGCAGACACAGGGUUGCUAGAAUAUUCCAUGCGAGAACACGCAUCGUGUCUGCCGAUGAUUAUUUCACGAAACGACGAGAGUAUGUGAAGAAUUUGCUCCUUUUCCCUUGCAUGAUUUUACGAUUAGCGCUAGGGACGCCAUGUUUUCUCAAGAAUAAAGGUUAAGAGCACCGUUGUCGUUUUGUCGAAUGGUCAGUAGUCACGAUGGGCGAAUUGUAACAAUGCAGAGUGAUGCGGGUGACUGCAGAGUCGGGAGGCGAUUCGUUGCUGUUACAAGUUACUUUUUUUCAGCGACAGUUUGAGCCGUUUCUCAAGCGAGCAAUAUAUAUGAAGAAUAUAUAAUUCUUCAUCAUUGUCAUUUGGUUUCCGGCAUGGACGAUGCACCGUCACGAAGUCAUAUCAAAUUUAAAGCUUAGUCACUUUCGAGAAGUCACAGUGGCACCGUUUCAUAUCUUCAGCUGAACAGUCAUUCAACUUUCACGUGACGUCAUGACCUUUCGAUGAUUCGCACCGAAAAAGCGCAAACGACUUUAUGUGUCAAGAAUAAUUGGUCGGUUUGUGAGACGUCAGAAGCGAGAGAACACGCGCUCGAGAUUCUUCACUUGCGGUCGAGAAGGUUUGCAAAGCAGGCCGAAAACUUUUCUUUUGCCUCAGUAAUCAAGAAACAGCCAGAAAAUCGACCGUGCUCGCGCUAGUUUCGGCGAAGUCACUCGAACGACAGAAAACAAAGUUGAAGUUCAAAGCUGGAAGGAACAGACCUAUUAGCUGAAGUGGUCAGAAUGCCAGAAGAUUAUCAGAAUUGCAAUGGGAAAUUUUCCAAAUGUAUGAUGUGACGGUAGCGGCAACGAAUCGCUUUCGGGAGGCAACUUCCCUAACCCUGAAUGACCGAAGAAUCCUGUAGAUGGCAGGGUUAUCGCGCUGGUCUGCGUAUGAGAAUCGCGACGCUGAGGUCUCGUCGAGAGGAAGGAUUAUUAGAAGAAGAAGAGGAGAAAAGAAUCAACAGUAUCACACGGUAGCGCAGACAGUCGUGACCCUGUAGCUUAGCGCGAUAAAUAUACGAGAGUGCGCGACCAUGACGUUCAGAGAAGAAGAAGAAGAGAGCGGACGUUAUUUUUUUAAGAGAAACAAGUCAAGUAGCGAGAUUCUACGGAGAGAAAUCUAUUCCAGAAUACGAUAGCGGAGAGAUAUCUUAGUUCACCCGUACAUAUAUAUAUAUAUAUAA